AGGUGCUGACUGUUCUGAAGCCGGUUUCCAAUUGCCUUGAUUAAAGUAGGAACAUUCUAUGGCUUGGAUGACUUACAUUUCACAUUGGUUUGAGCAAGAUGAUUGCUAUGAAGGACUACAAAGACUUCCUUCUGUCCUCUCUUCACAAUGAACACUACUGUUAAGCCAGUUUGUAUGCCUGCCUUGUGUACCUCGGAUAGUUUCUGUGAGGACGUAGCGUCAAUGUGAAGACUGAAGUUCUGAGACAGAGGUCACAAUCCUCCCAAUAUUGUAUUGGCUCACAGUGUUUUUCACUUGAAUUUGCUGCCUUGAAGGAAUUGCCAGUGUAUAAAAAUUGGCAAACAUGUCCCAGGUAAGACAAGUGGGACUGCUGGCUGCUGGAUGUCAGCCAUGGAACAAAGAUGUGUGCGUUGCCAAUGGAGACAGGUUUGCGUACUGUGCUACCCUGGCCAUCUAUGUUUAUCAGUUGGAUCACCGUUAUAAUGAAUUCAAACUUCACGCAAUUAUGUCUGAACAUAAAAAAACAAUCACAGCUAUCUCUUGGUGUCCACAUAACCCUGAUCUGUUUGCAAGUGGCAGUACCGAUAAUUUAGUGAUCAUUUGGAAUGUUGCAGAACAAAAAGUCAUUGCUAAACUCGACAAUACGAAAGGGACGCCUGCCUCUCUCAGCUGGUGCUGGAAUGCAGAUGACGCAGUGGCGUUUGCUUCCCAGAGAGGCCCACUGUUCAUCUGGACCAUCUCAGGACCGGACAGUGGCGUGACUGUGCACAGAGAAGCCCAUAGCUUCCUGUCUGAUAUCUGUAUAUUCAGAUGGCAUACCCAGAAAAAGGGGAAAGUUGUCUUCGGUCAUAUUGAUGGAAGUCUAUCAAUUUUUCAACCAGGUAGUAAAAGUCAGAAACAUGUUCUGAGACCUGAAUCUCUUGAAGGGACCGACGAAGAGGAUCCCGUUACAGCCCUGGAAUGGGACCCACUGUCUACUGAUUACCUCCUAGUGGCUAAUUUGCAUCGUGGAAUUCGCCUGGUAGAUUCGGAAUCACUUUCUUGCAUAACAACAUUUAAUUUUCCCAGUGCAAUAGCUUCUGUGCAGUGCUUGGCCUGGGUUCCCGGUGCUCCUGGCAUGUUUAUAACUGGAGAUUCUCAAGUGGGUGUUUUGCGCGUUUGGAAUGUUUCUAGAGCAACACCUGUUGAUAAUUUUAAAUUAAAGAAAACAGGGUUUCACUGCUUACAUGUACUGAAUUCUCCUCCAAGGAAGAAAUUUUCAGUCCAGUCCCCAACCAAAAAUCAUUAUACAUCCUCAACGAGUGAAGCAGUACCACCCCCAACUUUGACACAGAAUCAAGCAUUUUCUGUUCCUCCUGGUCACGCAGUGUGCUGUUUCUUGGAUGGUGGAGUUGGACUUUAUGAUAUGGGAGCUAAGAAGUGGGAUUUUCUUAGGGACUUGGGUCACGUGGAAACUAUCUUUGACUGCAAAUUCAAACCUGAUGAUCCCAAUCUUUUAGCAACAGCUUCCUUUGACGGCACAAUAAAAGUCUGGGAUAUAAACACACUGAUGGCAGUGUACACUUCCCCAGGGAAUGAAGGGGUUAUUUAUUCCCUUUCAUGGGCUCCAGGUGAUUUAAAUUGUAUUGCUGGAGCAACUUCUCGAAAUGGUGCUUUUAUUUGGGAUAUUAAAAAGGGCAAAAUCGUACAACGAUUUAAUGAGCAUGGAAAAAAUGGAAUAUUCUGCAUUGCCUGGAGUCAUAAAGAUUCCAAAAGAAUAGCAACCUGCAGUGGUGAUGGUUACUGUAUUAUUCGAACAGUUGAUGGUAAAGUACUACACAAAUACAAACAUCCAGCUGCAGUGUUUGGUUGUGAUUGGAGCCAAAACAACAGGGACAUGAUAGCCACUGGCUGUGAAGACAAAAAUGUUCGUGUCUAUUAUGUGGCCACCAGUUCGGAUCAACCACUGAAAGUGUUUAGUGGGCACACAGAGAAAGUGUUCCAUGUUAGGUGGUCUCCUCUGAGGGAGGGAGUUCUUUGCAGUGGCUCUGAUGACGGUUCUGUUCGAAUCUGGGAUUAUACUAAAGAUGCAUGCAUAAACGUUCUUAGAGGGCACACGGCACCUGUGCGGGGAUUAAUGUGGAAUACUGAGAUCCCAUACCUACUAAUAUCUGGCAGCUGGGACUAUACUAUAAAAGUGUGGGACACUCGGGAAGGAGCUUGUUUGGAUACCGUGUACGAUCAUGGCGCAGAUGUAUACGGUUUAACAUGCCACCCACGUCGCCCCUUCACUAUGGCCUCGUGCUCCCGGGACUCUACGGUGAGACUCUGGUCAUUAACGCCGUUAAUCACUCCUUUACAAAUAAAUAUUCUGGCAGAUAGAUCCUGGGAAGAAAUUAUCGGGAACACUGAUUGUGCUGUAGAACAAGGCAUGCCCCCUCUGCUGUGUGGCAAAGUGUCAAGAGACAUCAAACAGGAGAUAGAGAAACUAAGUGGCAACCCUCGUGUGAAAAAACUAAGAUGGUUUUCAGAAUGUUUAUCACCUCCGGGUGGCAGUGACAAUUUAUGGGACUUAGUUGCUGUGAUAAAAGGGCAAGAUGAUAGCUUACUUCCUCAGAACUACUGUAAAGGAAUAAUGCAUUUGAAACAUCUGAUUACAUUCCGAACAUCUGAAGCCCAAGAACUAACCACAGUCAAGAUGUCUAAAUUUGGUGGUGGUAUUGGUGUCCCUACUAAAGAGGAAAGACUGAAGGAAGCUGCUGAAAUACACUUGCGAUUAGGACAGAUCCGGAGAUACUGUGAGCUGAUGGUGGAACUUGGAGAGUGGGACAAAGCCUUGUCAGUUGCGCCAGGGGUGUCUGUGAAAUACUGGAAGAAGCUGAUGCAGAGGAGAGCUGAUCAGCUGAUCCAGGAAGAUAAGGAUGAUGUCAUUCCAUACUGCAUAGCCACUGGCGAUGUGAAAAAAUUAGUCCAUUUUUUUAUGUCACGAGGUCAGCUGAAAGAAGCUCUGCUUGUUGCACAGGCUGCUUGUGAGGGAAAUAUGCAAACCUUCCAUGUUUCAACACCUAAAGGAUCUUCUUAUUCUGAUGAUAUCUACAAGGAAGACUUUAACGAACUCCUGCAGGAAGCCUGCAGAGAGCUGGCGGAAUGGUAUUUUCAGGAUGGCCGGGCAGUCCUAGCCGCGUGUUGCCACCUCGCUGUGGAUAAUAUCGAGCUGGCUAUGGCGUACCUGAUUCGCGGAAACGAGCUGGAGUUGGCAGUCUGUGUGGGCACAGUGCUUGGAGAGCUGGCAGGACCCGCAACCCACUAUGCCCUCGAGCUGCUGGCGAGAAAGUGCAUGAUGAUUCCAAUGUGCUUUCCAUCCACUGGAUACAGGAAUUUGGCCGUUGAUCUUCUCCUGAUGACUCCUGACAGCGAACUACAGUUAGUGAAACUCUGUGCUUUCUACCCGGGGUGUAUCGAAGAGAUAAAUGAUCUUCAUGAGAAGUGCAAGCUACCCACAGUAGAAGAAUGUAUGCAAUUAGCUGAGACAGCCCAUGCCGAUGGCAAUAUAUUUGAAACUAUAAAGUAUUACUUGUUAAGUCAAGAACCUGAGAAGGCCCUUCCUAUUGGUAUUGACUUCAUCAAAGGAUCCAUCAGUAGUUCCAAUUGGACUUUGGAUACCAUUUACCCUGUUCUUGACCUACUGAGUUAUGUUCGUACUGAAAAAUUACUCCUGCAUACAUGUACUGAAGCUCGAAAUGAACUGCUGAUACUAUGUGGGUACGUUGGUGCUUUGCUGGCUAUCAGAAGACAGUACCAAAGCAUCGUCCCGGCACUUUAUGAGUACACGAGUCAGCUAUUGAAACGUCGGAAGGUGUCAGUGCCUAUAAAAAUCGACCACCUUUCUGAGGAAUUGGAUGCAUGGAGAGCUUGCACACGAUCCAUCAACCGAUCAUCAGAAGAAGCUCCACAUACACCCCCUUCUGAUUCACAAAGAAUGGUUUAUGCAACUUUACUGAAGAGACUAAAAGAAGAACCAGUCAGAGGAAUUAUUGGACCAGAUUAUGUGACCGGGUCAAACCUACCGAGUCAUUCUGAUAUUCACAUCUCUUGUUUUACAGGAUUAAAAAUCCAGGGCCCUGUAUUUUUCCUUGAAGAUGGGAAAUCCACCAUCUCCUUGAAUGACGCUCUGAUGUGGGCAAAGGUGAACCCAUUCUCACCUUUGGGGACUGGAAUACGACUCAACCCAUUUUGACAGAAGGUUUUUCUCACACUUAAUUGUUUUUUAAAGACCUUUUUCCGGUUAGUAUUACCUUUAACCUUUGUUGUCCAAGAGCCAAAGGUCUGGAGGAGGAGGUGGGAAGUGGGGACUCACAGUUGAUUUUAUUUGUUAACUUCAACAAAUAAAAUAUUUAUAUAAUUUCAAGGAAAAAUAGGUGUCUCCUUAUUUGGGAGGAAGGUAAUAUUUAAAUUAUGAAGGACUGACAAAUCUAAAGGAGCAUAUCAACUUUUCACAAAGCACGAAAGGUCCCAAAUAUUCUAUCGUUGAAACCCUGAAACUUAUAAAACAGUGCAACACCUAGAAUCGUGCUUGACGUGCAGUAGGCGCUUAGAGUGUUUGGGUGACUGAAUAUCUUGAAGUGUCGAAAUGUAAGGUGUGUACAACUGAUCUUCAAGUUAACAAACACUGGUAUUGUCCUCUAUAAAAUGUAUAGUAAACCACUAGUUUUAGCUCAUAUUUAAUCGAAGUUUUCAGUUAUAAGUUUAAUAUAUAUCAAUAAAUGGGUACGCAAAGUACUUUUGAGUUUUAUUUUUUUAAAGAGAAAACAUUCCCAAGUUCUGUAGCUGAAACUCAAAUGUCUAAUUAUAAAGGAAUAGGCUAUAUAAGCACGAAAAAAAUUGGAGGCGAAAAACACAAAAUGCAGUGAAAUCUAUGUGAAAAUUUGCAUUUGAUGAUAAUUCACUAUUUAAAAAGAUAUUUGGUAUUUAUGAAUAUUAAUGUUGAUUAAUGUAUUUAAUAUUCACAUAAUCGCUAAUCAAGUUACAUUAUAAUAUAGUUAUAAUAAACAAUUUAUUUGAUGAAAAUUAGUUUCAAAUAAAUUUCUGUAAGUAAAUAGGAUAUUAGUUGAAAUUUGGCAUAUAUUAUGUAAAUUCAAGUUUUAAAAAUAUUUAUUAAAAUAGUGCAUCUGUCGAUAUUUUUAAAAAGCCUGAGGCGUGACAAGUGUUUCAAUUGUACUAGAAUUCUGACUUCAAAAUUUACGAAAUGAAUCCACACUAGGAGGAAUAGUACUUUGACACUCAAGCUGUUUUACAAGAUUUAUGAUACAGGUGUUUUGUCUAAUUAGGGAGUGAGCUCAUAUAACUAGAAUAAUGGUGGUUUUUAUUAUCUUUAAACUUGUUGCAUUUAAAAUACUUUAAAAUUUUUCUUAAGCUUCUUAAAACAGAAAACAAUAUAUAUUAUGUACCUGUCUAUCACACUGACCUACUACUAACUCCACAAAAAAAGCAUUUUAGCCUUAAAUUCCAUUUUAUAAAGAAAAUAGUUAAUGUUAUAGAAGAGAAUGUAUACAACUCAGAGAUGCAAUGGGUAAUGUAAAUCGUAUUUGAGAAGUACUUUUUAACCCUUAGUGAUACGUGUAAUUCAGAUUUCUUUUUUUUUUUUAGGUGAGAGGUAUUAUUAAUUGGCAUAUAUGCACUGAAAUCUCCUCACUUAAAAAGUGGCAGUCUAAAUCCUGCUAUCAUUCUCUGUUUUGUUUUAAAAUAGAUUAAAAACCCUAAUCUGUGCUUUAAAUACUUCAAAGGUAUUAAGUUAUACAUAUAUAAACAAUUGUUACAUUCUUCUGUAUUUUUAAUGAAUGCAAGAAAUAAUAUUUUAAUGUAUAAAGUAUGAAAAAGAUCUUACAACUCUUUAGCACAUGAAGACCAUUGAGGUAUAACCCGGUAUUUGUCUAAAGCCUAAAUUUGAUUGAUUCAAAUGCAAUUCUGUUAUUCCUUGACUUCAACAAUGUUCUAUACCUUAAUAUUAUGACUAUUAAUUCUUCAUAAAAUGUCAUUGACUAUGUUGAUCUGUAUGUGUCUUAAUGUGAAAAGCAAAAGUUUUAAAAAUUUAUAAAGUUAAAUUUCAUUGUUAUAUUUAGUAUGCAUGAAAACCCAAACAAAGAACAUGAACUUGUUUUUAUUUGAAGGUGUCUGAUAAUGUGGACAUUACUGAUAAUGUGGACAAAUUAUUUUGCAAGUUUAAGUAUGCUUUUAUGAAAGAAGUCUCAUUAGACAAUGAUUUUAAUAAAUACUGCAGUUAAAGCCAGAUAUGACACAGUUAACUGCUAAGAUGAACAUCAGUCUUGUCCCUAGAACCACCAGUGAGAGGACACCAUCUCUCGCUAAAUUCUGGGUUAAAGUCAUCAGAGGUAUGAAGGGCUGCGCUGUCCAUCUGGGUUAUGACCCUGCUUAGAAACCUAGAAAAAUCAUGUGAUUGGGCUGUUCAGGAGGGUGAUUCUCCACUUGUAAGAAACAGUGACUACAAUAAACCCCAGAAUUAGUAUAGAAGAGAGAAAAAAGAGGCUUACUAAUUAAUAUAAACAGCAUAUCACAGAAGCUUCCAUUCCCAUGAUAAGCAUUCUGCCAGUUGAUUGCAAGGUUCUGUUCCUAUAGGGGCAGCUGUAGCUCCGAGAAUAGUUCACUGCUUCCUUCUGUCAAAGAUCUUUGUGAAGAAAAUGACCUUCCUUAGAUUUGCCUGAAGUGUUGGCUUCUGUUGACACAACUCAUCUUAAGAAGCUCUUGAUGUUACCUACUUUCACCAUAUCCCCACUUCCUUCAUGUCCUUAGUCACUAUGAUAUGAAGCUUCCAGACUCUCCUGUAGUUUCAGAACUCUCCGUAGGUCCCACAGGGGUCUUGGGAACUUAACCAGGGUCAGGCCAUGAGUGAGUAGCUUUUUCAGGAGAUUGAACAGAGUCAAGAGAAUAAAGAAACCUAUUAUUUGACUGUUUAUCCAAAUCUAAUCCUUUUCUCUGGACGUUUCUCUAGCUGAGCUUCAGAAGACUUGUUUCUAAAAUCCUUUCCUAAGGAACUAUAUUUCAUGGUUUAAAAAUUAUUCUCAUAAUUUUCUAAACCUUUCCCAAGAAGUCAUCGAUUUCAUCAGGGCUCUCGUUAAUUUCUUUUAUUAAAUGUUACCUAUCCAGAAGGGUAAGAUUAAACAAGGAAGUCUCUGGAGGUAGAAAUUCGAAUUAAACUCUCUAAGGCUUCAAAAAUGCAGAAAGACGAAUAGAGUUUUGUUGGAAAUUGACAAGCAUAUCAUGGGAUUCAGCAUUAGUAAUACUCAUCUUGGAAGUCAAAUGACACUAUUAAUGAGAUAGCAUAAAAACGUGAAUAAUUCCACUUGAAGGAAAUUUUCCAAAUAUGAAUUUUAAAUUACCGAGAAUAUAUGAACGAUCAUCAGUCUGUCAGUAUAUCACUGCUUCUGUCUCCCUUCAGUAAAAAUAUGGGGCAUGGCAGCAAGCAGGAGGCAUUUUUUAAAAUCAAACUGAAUUGUUUGCUAAACACCAAGUAAACCAUGAUUUUCCUUCCCCACAACUCAGUAUCAACAGGAAAGAUGACUAUUUUUUUUUUUGAUGGCUUAAGUAAAGUUAUUUAUGGAAGUGGGCAAGAUUUUCUAUGUAUAACAGUAAUAAUCAUUCAGAAUAAAUUUUGUUGAUGAA